AAUCGAUUUAAAUCGCUGAUAGGUAUUAUAGAUCAGUUGAUUCUCUCCUUGUUGUGUUCACAUCUUUGUCAGAAAAGUUUGUAUCAUAAGUUAUUCCAGAUUCCAUUGUGCAAGUGAAAUUUCGGAUCAACCAUGAGAAUUUUGUUUUCAUUUGGCAGUCCAAAAGAAGUGCCAAAAGAUGACCAGGAGAAAAACAAAACCGAAACACCUUCUCUUCCAUCUGUAGAUCUACUUGACUCAGCAUCCGUCCUUAUUCCAGCAUUUUUUAUUUUGCUACUAUGUAGUUACUUCGAAGGAGCAACAGGUGAUGUUAUUGAACUUGAAGAUGAUGGACCUGUCACCAUCAACACGCCAAUCACUUUCACUGUCAAAAACUUUUAUAAAACAAUCAAUCCCUCGUAUGAAUAUCGUUUAGCAUUCACGGAAUUUCCUGAGCUUGACAAGACGAUUAUAUCGAAUGAUAGUGAAAUUACAUACAAAAUAAUUUUUACGUCACCAAAAGCUAAAGAAGGUUACUAUGAUGUCUAUCUUCAAGUAUGGUAUUGUGCAUCUGGCGCCCCUGCUCAUUUAAUCAGCAAUGUUCUGUCCAGUUUCUAUCUCCUAGAAUCGUUGGUUGGGUGUAUAUAUGUAACCCAAAAUAUUGAGCGUAUCAGCUUGGAAAACUGGAUUAUUUCCACAGCAUUACCUGUUAACCUGACUGCCGAAAUUUAUGACCCUACCGGUUUUUUGACUCAGCCAACAUAAUAUACAAGUGGAUAGUGAAUGACUCACCACAAGACGAAAGCUCUGAUCGAAUUAUCAUCCGUAACUUCUCUCAGCCUCAACUCAACAACAUAUCAGUGGCUGUUUCGAUAAAUAGAACCAAUUUUCAAAAAUCUGAUAUUUUUUUCCUUUCCCUACAAAGUAAAGAUCCGAUCAACACUUUGACUGUUAAUGGUAAAACAAAUGUUAUCAGAGAUGAAAGCCUCCAAUUGAAUAUCAAAAUUAAUGGAGGAACACCACCGUUUUAUUAUUGCUGGGAAAUCACAAAUUCAACCACUUCGGGGAGAACAAUUAAACCUUUGAAUGAAAGUUUUUUUUGGGACAGUUACGAGAAAAAAGGCGAGAAAUCUUCGGAUUCAGAUUGUGAGGAAACAGACAAAAGCUCUUUCAGCAUAAAUAGCCGUUUCGAAGAAGCGGGGAAUAAAACCUUGUAUAUUGAUGUGAAUAAUUAUGUCUCAACCUUAACCAAGAUCAUGACCAUUUCAGUUCAUGAGAGAGAGUCACUCCGACAACCAGCAGUCAAUAAACCUAAAUUGCCUGUUGUGAUGCAAGAAAACUCAAAUAUUAUGAAAAAAUACAAACCUGUCAUCUACUCUGAAGAAGCCGAAAUUUAUGAUAAAGAAAUAGAAAGUUAUCUUGGAAGUAAAAACGAAAUAGAGUUUAUAAAGGAUAUGCAAACUGAUUUUCAGAACUCAUCAUGGAAAGACUAACAUUUUAAACAUUUGAUAUUGGUAUCUUAUUAGAAGACGUCCAUGAAAUUAUGAUAAUAAUUACUCUUUUGUGUAUUCAGAUAAAUAUUGA